AUGGGAAACAAACUUUUUUGCAAUGAAAGUGGGGUGUGCCCUAAAGCGCAGGUGCAGCAUGGAGUUGAAAAUGAGCUCUUUGACGACACAUCUGCUUGUGAUUCAGCAGGCGCUGUUUUCACUGAGACUCUGGAGGAGCUGAAUGAGGUCGACCGGCUAUUGCUGUUGUUCUCAGCGAGUCGCAAUCUGGCUGGUGUUCGAUGGCUGAUUCGCCUGGGGGCCAAUCCCGACGCCUGCGAUACCAAUGGGACGACUUGCCUGCACACCGCCUGCCGAAGUGGAUCGGUGACCAUCGUCGCAGAAUUACUGGCGCAGAGAAAAUUGUCAAUUGAUGCUUGUGAUGCUGCUGGCUGGUCUGCUCUACACGUGGCCCUUUUCAUGGGAAGACGCCACAUUAGUGUGAUGCUUAUGCAGCAUGGUGCGAACCCAACCAUCUCCAACGGCCGUGGGCAGAGGGCUGUGGAGUUGAGCAGUGAUAUUUGGCUAAGAGAGGCUGUCACCGGCUACUCACAGCACUGGGAGCUGAAGACACUGGAGCAAUGGACACCACCCAAGCCAGAGGCCACUGACGUUCAGGCAGGACAUUCAAAAGGGUUUGUACUGUAUAGUUUUCCCGUGGGCCAUGUUCAGGUUUCUUCCAGGCUGCGCUUUGAGCCCUUUUUCGUUCCACGCACGGCGGUCAUGAAGGAGGGCGGCGCUGACUUGCAGAAGCUCAGCGAGGCAAUUUUCAACCAACGGCCCGGCCAAGGACUGGCCUUCGUUGUGGCCACUGGCUGUAUCCGAGACUUUCCGGUCGAACUGAGUGCAUUCCUGGGUCAGCGAGGCAUAUGUUCGUCCCAAGUUGGGUCAUUUCUGGGAGAGGACUUUGCUUUGUCGCAGACCUUGCGGCUGGAGUUCAUCAACUCAGUAAGACUCAUUGGGACAGGCGUGGUGUCCUGCCUGGCCAAGGUCUUCAAGACCAUUGUCAUCCCGACAGAAAUGGUUAAAAUCGAUCGUUUGGUGGAUGGGAUCGCGCAAAUUUGGUGGCGGCAGCAUGAGCAGCUAGCGAAGAAGGAGGGUGACGACAGUCAAGCCAAGGAUGAAGAUCCCGAGGUACAUGGAAUGGAGCUGAUGAGAAGUCUCGGCAAUUACGAUGUCUUGCAUCAGCUGAUGUUUGCAACCAUCCUUUUGCAUUGGAACUUGUAUGCUCCUUUGCCUCCUUCGCAGCGAGUGAGUGCUGAAGAGUGGCUGGAGAUUAGCGCUGGAAUCCUUCCUGAACACAUGGAGAGGAGUGAGGUGGAUCUAAAGCAGGCUUUGGAGCCGAGUGCCUCCACCUGGGCUCGUAUUGUGGUGGGAUUUCCAUCCCUGGCACUCACCGGCGCACAGAGGGUGGAGAACUAUCGCCACUUGCGCAGCAUCUUGAGCGAAAGCACAGGUCCUGGAAGCACGUGCAUGGCCAGCCCAUCACCUAGUCGUGAAGGACCCACGCCAGUACCUGUUCGAGCUCGUGCUGCACCAAUGUCUAUGGGCUUUGGUCUGGAGGAGCCAGAUGACCACUUGUACGGUUUCCACGAAUCUGCUGGGCCAGGGCCUGUGGGUGGCCGUGUAUGGCUGGCAUUGCACGGGGCUUUUCUCUUCCUGUCAGCUGGUCCAGAGCCAUGGGCCCCGUAUGCCUUCAUGCGCGUGGCUGACUUGGUGUGUUCCGCUCUCCUCUUGAGUGCGACACAAGUGCGAAGUGCAGCAGAGCGACACAAGCGAAAUCUGAGGCUCCAGGUGGUCUUCUUACUGCCAGAUGGCCGGUGGCAAGUCUUGGAGGUCCCACGGUUCCAGGUGCAGGUCUCGGAUAAGAAGCAGUUAGAACUUGUUGGCGUGGCUUUAUCUGAGCAGUGCAUCGAUGGGCCAGCAGUCGGUGAGUGGAACUCUGCAUCGCCCAUAAGUGGUAGUGAUGAUCCAUUGUGGUAUGGGAAGACGCGUAAGGAGAUUGAAUACGCCACGGAGCUGGAAAAAUCCAACGGUAAUGCCGCCAGCCGAGAAGGAGUCACCGCCUCAGCCGUCCAGUAUUGGAAAAAUGCGUUGAAAGGAGCUGAGAAGAUUCAGGAUGCGGAGACCGAGUUUCGGCUUCACUCCAAUCUGGCGCUAGCCUACAUCAAGCAGAAGAAGAUUGAGAAAUCACUGGAACACUGCGAGCAGGCUCUGAAGGAACGCCUCAAAGUGGCGGUCUCCGCCGAGCUGCGGGGCAAGGUGCACUACAGAAGGGCUGAAGCUUUUGAAGCUGCCGGUGAGGUCUCCAAAGCAAUCGCAGCCUGCAAGCUGUCGUUGGAGGUUCACCCUGAGAAUGUGGAUGUGCGCAAGAAGCUGUCAAGCUUGAAGGCACAGGAGGCUGACCAAAGAAAACGCGAGAAGGCUUUAUUUUCAGGCCUACGUGGACUCUGUGGCAGCCACUCUGACCCAAAUGCAGCUCCAGUGCCCCCACCUCCUCCGCCUCCUCCUGAAGCUGAUUCCUCUGAUGAGGAGCGAAGAUAUGGCGAGGAGGAUUCGGACGGCGAACUGACGGCAGAGCAGCAGAUGAUGCUGGACCGGGGCCUGACGGACAGAGAAGCUGCGGCGCGGCUCGUAGACAGCAUUGGAAUGGGAAGUUCCGGUGAUCUGGUGAAUCCAUCCAACAUGACGCUUGGAUUUGAGUGA